AAAACCCUAAACUGAAACCCUUUUAACACACAGACAGAAAACCAGAACAGCCAGUAAUCGACGUCUCUUCUCUUCAAAUAAACAAAAACCCGCAUCAACCAUGAGACCCCCGAGAGGUGGAGGCAGUUUUAGGGGCGGAAGAGACGGUGGCCGUGGAAGAGGCGGAGGCCGUUUUGGUGGUGGCCGUGGUGGCCGCGGUGGUGGUGGGUUCCGUGACGAGGGACCUCCUGCUGAAGUUGUUGAGGUGUCUACUUUUCUUCACGCGUGUGAAGGUGAUGCAGUUACAAAGCUCACAAAUGAAAAAAUACCAUUCUUUAACGCUCCCAUUUAUUUGCAAAACAAAACUCAGAUAGGAAAAGUUGAUGAAAUUUUUGGUCCGAUUAAUGAAUCUUAUUUUUCAAUCAAAAUGAUGGAAGGUAUUGUUGCAACUUCAUAUAACCCAGGAGAUAAGUUCUUUAUUGACCCAAGCAAGCUUUUGCCUCUUGCAAGAUUUCUUCCACAACCAAAGGGGCAGCCACAAGCUGCGGGAAGAGGUGGCCGAGGUGGAGGCAGAGGUGGCCGAGGCGGUUUUAGAGGUGGUGCUCGCGGAAGGGGUCCUGCAAGAGGAGGCAGGGGUGGACCACCCCGAGGUGGUGGUCGUGGUGGUGGCUUUAGGGGCAGAGGAAGGUUUUAGAACACUGAGUAGUGCUACCAGUGAUCUUGUACGUUUGUGUUUUCGUCUUAAGAUGCAAUGUGCUCACAACAAUCAAAAUCUGAAUUGUGAUAUCAAUAUUGAGUUCUGGUUAUUAAUGACCAUUUUUUGUUUCA